CUGUACUAUAGUACAGGAACUUUUGCCAGUAACUUAAAGUACAUAUAUGUAUUAUUAUCCUUUAUAUGUUUGUAAAGAUUUUUUGUAAGUUUUGUUCUUUUUCAUAGUUGUGUUUGAUAAUAUGCAGCAACAAGAUGCCCACGAGUUCUUGAACUAUCUACUAAAUACAAUAGCAGAUUUAUUAAAAGCUCAAAUGCCCGAAUCAUCAGAAGACACCAACACGUGGAUCCAUGAUAUAUUCCAAGGUGUACUAGUUAAUGAGACAAAGUGCCUCUCCUGUGAGACAGUAAGAAGCAAACAAGAAGAUUUCUUAGAUCUCUCAGUUGAUAUCGAACAGAAUUCAUCCAUCACUCACUGCCUGAAGAUGUUCAGUGGUAGUGAAACCCUAUCCUCAGAAUACAAAUAUUACUGUGAGCAGUGCUGCAGUAAGCAAGAAGCAACCAAGAGGCUUAGAAUAAAGAAGCUCCCGACGAUACUUGCACUCCAUCUCAAGAGAUUCAAGUUUAUGGAGCAACUCCACAGACACACAAAGCUCUCACACCGUGUGGUGUUUCCAUGGGAACUGAAGCUAUUCAAUACAUCAGAUGAUGCUAGUGAUCCUGAUAGAAUGUAUGACCUAAUUGGUGUAGUGAUACAUUGUGGAACUGGUCCUAACAGAGGUCAUUAUAUAUCAGUUAUUAAGAGUCACGGCUACUGGCUAUUACUAGAUGAUGACUAUGUAGAGGUAAGAAGUGCUAGAUGUACUGUAUUUGUAUAUUGAGAAAUUGUAUUAUUAGUCAUUAAUUAUUCCCUUAUGAUACACAGCCAAGAAUUGUCACGCUGAUACAGUA